GUGCUACAGCGUGGAGCUCCGUAAGCUGCUAUGGCGGGCAAGCUGCUGUACCUCCCCCUCCUCCUCCGCCGCCUCCUCCACCACCACCGCCGUCGUCUACGCCCUUUGAGAGGCGACGUGUACCAGCUGGUUGGGUAGCUGCGAGUCGAGGGUCGACAGCACAAGGGGCAGGGUCUCGAUCUGCGUUGACGGGAAACCUCACGUACAACCCCUCGGGCUCCAUGACGGUGGUUGAGAAGGAGAAGCGAAUGGAGCUAGAGAAAAAGCGAGUUUUGUUGCAGUGUACGGAGAGUAUACGAAAGCUUCUGUCGAAGAUGAACGAGGCUGGCAUCACUGAGCGACAAAAGGAGAAGUAUAAGGUGAUGAUUAAGCGUAUUAAGGAGACCAUGGGCAGCCUGGAUAAGGGUCAUCAUACGAUUGUGCAUAACAAAGUUGCUUCAUCAGGUCGGCCACUGUAGCUACUGGUGCUUCCUCGACUGUGGAGCCGGCGGCGGCGGCAGCGGAUAGGAAAGUCCUCUUGCCGGCCCGAGUGAUGCAGUCACAUAACUUGCUCCCUGCUACUAGCGCUGGAAAGACCAUUAAUCAGGCGUCUCCCACUACUGCCAAGUAGUAGAAGUGCCUAUCUAUAUCAACGUCAAUAGCAAGGCGACAAGCGGCGGUUGAGGUCAUCUUGUAACAGCCUGAUACCAGCAGCAGCAGGCAGUAUGAGAUGGACCUAGACCUGGCGUUAUGUUCAUUAUAAUACCAUCAUUCCCAUUGUAUCUAUUAUUCUUCCAGACUUAAGCGACACUUACUCUGCAUUCUGACGACGAUCACUGGAGCAAUGUUGUGCAUGCGUGCAGAUUGCAAAGUUGUAUAUUUGUGUCCAUCACCACCAUCACCACCACGUACUGUCUUAUUUGCCUCACGUAGCUGGUCUGCGGCCUUAUCCUCUUCCAUCCUCUGGG